AUGUCAGUUGAAGCCUUGAAGAACCUCUGCACAUGGUUAAAUUUGGGUACAGAAGGAAAUAAGACUGAUUUGAUAGAACGUCUUACAUUUGUUAAUGACAUGUUCCAGAGGGAACAAAAUAGUUGGAAAGAAAAUAUGGAAAGUGAAGCGUUGGAGACUACUUAUGGUGAAGAAGAGACAAAUCAUGAGGAUAUGUUUCAUUGUGAAAGUCCAGUGUUUAGCAUAUCACCAAGACCUUCUAGUGAUGAUGAGUCAUGUGAAAAAAGACUGAAAAAGGUAAAAAGAAAGUCGAAAAACACAGUCAACAUAAAAGCAUUGUUGAAAGAGAUUAAGCACUUGUGA